CUUUGAUGGCUCCCAACUUCCAAGCAAACCGGCUGAGCAGAAAACCUGGGACGAGCGAAGGAGCCGCACCCUGGGAGCACCCGCGGGCCGCUCGUUCAACUUCAUGGUUGUCAACUUGUCUGCAUGAGAGCUGAAGGAAAUAUCGACCACCCUAGCUUUGACAGUGCGGGCCCUUUCUCCGUCGUGUCGAGCAAGAAAAGGUGCGAUCAAUGGUUUUGCAAAGGUUCCAGCAUUACGUCGAGUGGAUUAGAGUUGGAUACAAGCUGUCUAUCAACAAGUGUUCAAUUUGCGACGGCAGAGACAGAAGUUUUGUGGGCAGAGUUUGAAGCAAGCAGGGGAACCCGUUCACUACUUGCUGCCAAGAAAGCGUCUCGUAUUAGAGAGCAAGACGUUACCAUUGCUGGGUACAUUUGAAUCCGGCGUUCGCUGGUGUCGCUGAGCGGGAAAAGACUUGUAGUCAAGUGUGAAGCAUAGUUGUAAGUCUCAAGGCGCAGCUCUGGUCGGAGUUGGCUGCGCGCCCAGGUUGCAAACUGUGACGAGAGCUUUCGUGCAAGUAUUAAGGUUGACUUGGGACUUUAACCUGGGAGGUUAGCCAUGUCUCGCCCAAUGGCCUUGGGCCUGAUUCUGCUGGUUUUGUUCCUAACUUCUCAGUCAGAUUGGAAACCCCCCAAGGAGGCGCAGGACGAGAGCGAAGUAAAGGGGAGCAAGGCGGACUUGCAUCGGGAAGAAAUCAAAGAGAAGAUCAUCGUCGAUCUGACGGCCCACAACAAGCGGCUCGAAUCCGCGAAUCUGAAGCUUCGCACCAUGGUGUCAAACGUCCAGGACUCCCUCAAAGAUUGCGGGUGUGUCUCGCCGUAUAACACCACCGCUUCGUUCCUCGAGCUUGAAGUUGGGUCCCAACAAGAGCCGAAGGCUGCUGACGUUUUAGAGAAGGAAGAAGUAGAGCUGCUCGGGGGGAGCGCGAGCUCGGGGAACGAGCAGUUGGGACAGAGCCGGUUAGAGAAAGUUAGGAUGGGGCAUGCUCUGGCAGGGGGGGUGCAUCAGGGAGCCGAAGGUGAAGCGGAUGCCCUGACGGUCUCCAAAAGAGAGCUAGGUAUGGGUGGAGGGGAGCCAUGGCGGCAGCUAGGGGCAGGGAGGGGGUAUGACGAGGAGCAGACUCUGUUGGGAGAGGCUGGCUCAUGAGAGGCAACUAUGAUCAUUUGGAAUGCUUGACGGAUUUCGUAGGGGCAGCUUAGUAUACCGGCUGAAGUCUUGCACUUUCGUGCGACGGUGUUCAAAAUGUACCAUAUUGUGAGUUGACAGAUCAAUAGUUGUGCAUAAACCCGACCCUAGUAGAUAUUUCACACGGUGUGGCAGAUUCUUGCACAGCUUGC